GUCUGACUUCAAGGAAGGUGCCACAACAGCGUAUUUAGUAAACGCGGCGAUAACAUCAAGUAUAAAACGCCCGGAUGGAGUUCGAAUCUCUCACAUCAACUUUGAAAGCUCUUUCAUUCAUUCACCCGUCUAAGUUAUGAAGACUGCCCUUGUCGUUAUUGUGUGCUUGGCAUGCGUCAGUGCUAACGCCAUCGUAGAAGACGCAGACCGCGACAAGAGAUCCGAGAGCUGCGACAACUGGAGCGGUUCUUUCUCGUACACCAUUGAUAAUUCCGACAGCAGCUGCUCCGACUCCUCCAGCUCUGAUUCCUCGGAUUCGUCCAGCAGUUCCUCCUCUUCAGAUUCUAGCUCGUCUGACUCAUCAUGUUCAUCGUCUUCUUCAUCCUCCUCCUCCUCGUCCUCAUCUUCUUCAAGCUCUUCGUCUUCCGGGUCUCUCGACCGAAGCGGCUCUGGCUCCUACUCGCACAGCAGCAACUGGAGGGGCAGUUCUGAGGAGUCUUGGGAUGGAUCCAACCGCAGACACCACGGUCAUCACCACCGCCACGGCUCGUCCUCCUGCGACGACUGCUCCAAAUCCGGUUCCGGCAAGAGUGGAAUGCCUCUGUUCCCUGGAUGCGACGGAUGCAACGGCCUUCUUAACUUGGGCUUCCUUCCUUCGAAGGGCAAGCAAUCCUCCGGUUCUUGCUCUUGCAGCAAAAGCAGCUCUUCCUCUGACUCGGAUUAAUUAUUAUAAUCCGAAAAAAUUGACAGAGAGUUAUGAGGUGAUUUGAAAUUAAUUAUUAGAUGAUUUUCGCUGAAUGCGCUCUUUAUUUUCUUUCUUGCAAUGAUGCUGUGCUUUAUUUAUCGUUAUAAAAUGUUGUUACAAAAAAAAAAUCCAAAUAAAUUUUGAUGUGAGGAA